UGGUUCAGAUCUGUGCAAGCACUCAAAAUCAACAGUACCUACAUUACAUCUGAUGUGUUUUGCUCUCACUCAGCAAACCCGAGUUUAGUUUAAGGUGUAUAUUUCAUCUGAGCUCAUGUAUUUGAGCAUAAACUUGUUGAUAUUAGAAUAACUGGUAUAUUGGAGUUUAACAUAGAAGUACAUUAACAUCAUAUUACAAAGCAAAUUCCAUAGUCGAAACUGCAACAGAAUAACCUUUGCACCCCCAGCAAAAGUCCAAACAAGAAGCUUAUCACUCCACGUAGAACACUUCAGCUAAGCUAAUAAACGAUAAGCAGGUAAAUAUGUCUACGGGACAGCAACCGGUGCAUUUGAUAAUAGAGCAAUUCGGAAACGUCCGUCGCAUCACGAUCAACAAUCCCCGCAAGAAGAAUGCUCUCAAUAUGCAAGCCUAUGGUGACCUGACGGAACAACUGAAUGCUGCCGACCGGGAUGACUCCGUUUCGGUGGUGGUUCUGAUGGGGGUUGGGGAUUUCUACAGCUCGGGUAACGAUAUUAGCGCAAUAUUGACUAGUAAUCAAUCGGUGGAGGAACGUCUGAAAACGUCCAAUCAGAAGCUGUUUGAUAUGGUGAAGGCCUUUUAUAACUUUAGUAAGCUACUCAUCGGGGUAGUCAAUGGACCGGCCAUUGGAAUUGCGGCCACCACGGUGAUACUUUGUGAUGUUCUGUACAUGGUUGAUACGGGUUAUUUCUACACCCCAUUCUCCGCUCUUGGACUGUGUGCCGAAGGAUGCUCCUCCUAUACAUUUCCCCAGCUGAUGGGACGCAGUAAGGCAUCCGAGAUGUUACUCCUUAACUACCGGAUGAGUGCCCAGGAAGCGCUGCAGUUCAACGUGGUAGCUGAACUGUUCAAACAAGAGGACUUCGAAAAGAAACUGUGGCCUCGAAUUUUGAAAUACGGGGAACUUCCGAUAGGAUCUAUUAUGGCUACCAAGCAGCUGAUGAAGCGAUUUGAAAUCGACGAACUGGAGAAAGCCAACAGGAAUGAAGUGGACACUUUGGCCAAACGUUGGCACACCGAAGAAGCCAUGCAAGCUGUGAUGAACUUUAUGACCAGAAAAAGUAAAAUGUAAUUUUAUAAUCGAUGAAAUUGAAAAAAAUGUUUGAUUUAUAUUA